AUGACUGUAACCUUCUCCCAAGAUGACUACGACGAGAUAUACGCCUUCGCAAUCGACCUCGGCCGCAAGGCCGGCAAGAUGCUCAUGGAGCGCGUAGACCAGCGCAUCGACAACGCAAAUGGAGCCAGCCAAACAUUUGAAGAGAAAGAGAAUUCAGUGGACAUCGUGACACAGACAGACGAAGACGUCGAAGUAUUCAUUCGAUCGGCUCUGCAAGCUAAAUAUCCCACUCACAAAUUCCUCGGCGAAGAGACAUAUGCCAAAGGCCAGUCGCGCGACUACCUAAUCGACAAUGAUCCAACAUGGUGCAUCGACCCAUUAGACGGAACCGUAAACUACACACAUAUUUUCCCAAUGUUUUGUGUCUCAAUCGGCUUCGUGGUAAACAACCGCCCAACAAUCGGGGUAAUCUACGCCCCCUUCACCGACCAACUAUGGUCCGCUUGCCCAGGCCGAGGCGCCUGGCUAAACGAGACUCGCCGUCUGCCCCUAAUCCACAACCCGAUCCCGCCCAUGCCGGCCAACGCGCCGUCGCAGUGUAUCUUCUCCUGCGAGUGGGGCAAGGACCGCCGCGAUAUCCCCGAUGGCAAUAUGCAUCGCAAGAUUGAGAGUUUUGUUAAUAUGGCUGCUGAAUUGGGGAGUCGAAAUGGGCGUGGUGGGAUGGUGCAUGGGAUGCGCAGUUUGGGUAGUGCCACGCUUGAUUUGGCGGAUGUCGCUGCUGGUGUUGCUAUUCUCUUGGAGGCUGGUGGUCUUAUGACUACAGCUAAUCCCCCUGAGAAUGAGGCCACCUGUCCGAUUGAGGAUUUUAAGUUGGGAAGUCGGUUGUAUCUAGCCAUUAGACCGGCUGGUCCUUCCGCUACCGAGACAGGCCGCGAGACACAAGAGCGCACAGUACGUGAAGUCUGGCGCCGGGUUCGCAACCUGGACUAUUCACGACCAGGAGCGUAG